AGGAGGAGGCAGUGGAGGAGCCGAGGCUAUGUCCGGCUCCUCGGCCUCCGACAGCCCCGACAUUGCGUGCGCGAGCCUCCCGCUGGAGCUCCUCGCUGCCGGUGGCGUUCCCAUCAAGGAGGAACAAGACGCUCCCGACGAGGAACAGCCCCAACAUCACCACCACCACCACCAACACCACCAUCAGCAGCAGCAGCAGCAGCAGCAGUCAGCAGCAGCGGCCUCGGUGAUCGUGCCGGCCCACGACUGCAGCAACGAGGUGGUGCAACAACAACAGCAGCAGCAGCAGCAGCAGGACAGCUCUCGUGACGGACCCGAGGACGAACUGUCGCCAACCUCGGGUAUAAGCAUAACCGCCAGUAUGAUCGACGCCACGGAUUUUCGGGCAAUGGAGCCCACCUACCAGACCCUCACCUCCGUGGCCGAGCGCAUGUCGCCCCCGGGCUUCAGUCCGGGCUCCAGCUACGCGACCCUCACGCCGCUACAGCCGCUGCCCCCCAUCUCCACGAUGAGCGACAAGUUCGUGUACGGGGCCCACGCGGCCGCCGCCGCAGCCGCCGCCGCCGCCGCCGCGCAAGGUGGCGGUGGGGUCACGGGUAGCUUCGCCGUCAUGCAAAACAACGGGUUGGCGAGCAUAGGGUUGGCGGGCAUGGCCGGCUCGCCGUACUCCUCGUACGACAAGCUACCCUCGAUGGGUAUGUCGCCACCGCACAACUACGCCUCCCCGACCGCCGGCCUCCAACCGUCGCCCCUCUCGCCCCAGAGCGCUUACAGCCAGAGCGCCCUCAACUCGCCCCACAAGUCCUCGGCGAGCCCGCACUACGAGCCGGCCGGCUUUCUACCCCGGCUACAGCAGCAGAGCCCCCAAGCCAUGAGCCCGCCCUCGCCGCCCCUCAGCGGCGGUCAGGCCCAGAGCUUUGGCGCUGGUGCUGCUACUGCUGGUGGUGGGCAUCAUCACGCGCACUCGCCCACGGGGCUGUCGGGGCCCGCGUCGUCGCCCCCGCCGAUGCACCAGCAGCCCCAGCACACGUCGGUGCUGAUGAAGACGGUGUCGGCCGCGGCGGCGGCUGCUGCUGCCGCGGCUGUGGUCCAACAAUCGGGUAACGGGCCCUCGGGGGGUGGUGGUGGCGGUGGGGGUGGUUCGGGGUCCGAGAUAGAGGAGAUCAACACCAAGGAGCUGGCGCAGCGGAUAAGCGCCGAGCUGAAGCGGUACAGCAUACCCCAGGCGAUAUUCGCCCAGAAGGUGCUCUGCCGUAGUCAGGGCACCCUGAGCGACUUACUGCGCAACCCGAAGCCGUGGUCGAAGCUCAAGAGCGGCCGCGAAACUUUCAGGCGCAUGUGGAAGUGGCUACAGGAGCCGGAGUACCAGCGGAUGGCGGCCCUCAGGCUGGCAGCACUGAAUAACUGCUCUGAGAGCGGCGCUGACGGCGCGGACAGCUUGCUGGAUCACUCAAUCACGCAACGCACCGGACCCGCACCAAUCGACAUGCAUCAUCAACAGUUUCACAACUCAUAUGCUGCACAGAUACCACAACGAGGAACUUGCAAGAGGAAAGACGAGAUGUCGAGCCAGGCAGAACACCAGCAGCCUGCCCCCAAGAAACCACGGCUAGUUUUCACCGACCUGCAGCGCCGUACUCUACAGGCUAUUUUUAAAGAGACGAAGAGGCCGUCGAAGGAGAUGCAAGUGACAAUCGCCCGGCAGCUUGGUUUGGAGCCGACGACGGUCGGUAACUUCUUCAUGAACGCGCGGAGGCGCUCGAUGGACAAGUGGAAGGACGAGGAGCCGAACAAAUCGGUGAGCAGCGUCGACGAGGGCCAACUGUCGCCAACGAUCGGUAUAAGCCCGCGACAGGCCCAGGACGUUUUGUGACACACGUCGGACCACGAGGAGUACGAUCAGGACGAGUCGGACGAGGAGGAGCUCGGCUUCUCCUAAUAAGCAUCGGUCCGUCGGGCGUCGUCGCGUCUAUCGUCGAGCUACGCGCAACCCCGAGACCCGGGGUAGGCCUUGCUAUAUACCACACUGCUAAACUACUAUCGUGUCAUCAACACCGCCGCCGCCGCUGCCUUGGCCCUCUGUGUCCGUCCCUCCUAUAUAUAUAUAUAUAUAUAUACAUACCUGGUGUUAUCUAGUCAGACCCGCUGCACCUCUUCCCCAUAUCCACAUCACGAUACAGAGUGGUUUUGUUGUACAAGGGCGCGGCGUGCGAUCGAGUUCCUAUGAAAAUAUCGGCAGUGGCGAGGCGCCUCGAGGGCUACGCUGUUGUCGUCGAUGCACCGAUACUACGCUCGCCCACUCGUCCUCUCCUCGCUGGUCGUGAGAUACAUGUGAUAUAUGAUGUAUUCGUGAUGAAUAGUCCUGAGAGAGACCGUAAUCAUCACCGCCGUGUCUACAACACGUUCUAUUAUGUACGCAAUA